AUGUUGAGGUCACUGACCAUUACAUUAGCCUCUACAGGGCUGGUGCUCAGCAACCCCAUUUCGAGUCCCAGAACAUCUUCAGAGACUAGGGACGUCAGUCGUACCAAACCAUUGCUACAAGACUUCGACGCUCUUGGAGCAUGGUUCGACGGCGUAGCGGCGAUCAACACAACCACCUCUGCGGCCUCAUCCAAGAAGAAUGCGACCAUCGCGAUAGUCGGCGCCGGCAUCUCUGGUCUCGCUACAGCACUGAUGCUCGACAGUGUGGGUGUGCACAACUGGGAGAUUAUCGAGGCAAGCGACCGGGUCGGAGGACGGUUCCGAACCAAGUACGUUGGUGGAACACAAGAAUGGGCGGAGAUGGGUCCUAUGCGCCUUCCUCACUCGAUUACAUACAAAGAUGGAGAGACCAUCGAAUACAGCGACCAUCAAAUGGUAUUCCAGUUGGCCGACAUGCUCAACGAGAUGAACGCAAACAAUCCGCAUUACAAACAUCACCCCAACGAGAUCCUCGGCCUUGGAACUGGCAGACUUCCAAACGGACAACUUCCAACACGAGCGGAGAUCCAAGCAAACUCGUCUCUUGGGCGACCAGCACCACUGGACACGCAGGAGUACACCGAAACCAAGCAGCGCAUGAACGAGCUUCUGAAGUCAAAGGACAGACUCAAGGCCGUGCAACGCGACGUGUGGCGCGAACACAAGAAAGCCAUGGAUCAAGGUCUUGACGACUGGAGCGAGCAGGCCAUGAUGCGCCACGUCUUUGGUGCAAGCGAAAACGUCACAGACGCCAUCUGGACAGCGAGCGACUACGACGUCUUCUGGGAUGAGUUAGUGCACAACUCGAACCUUGCGCAAGAUGGCGGACCGGAUGCGUUGGGCCUGACUGAGUGGAAGUGUGUAGACGGCGGCUUCAACAGACUGUCUGAUGCCUUCCUUCCCCACGUCAGCGACCGUCUCACCCUCAACCGUAAGAUCAGAAAACUGGAGGCUAUCGAAGAUGCCGAAGGUCACACGCGCACGAAACUGUCGUGGUAUCCCAGUGCCAGCAACAGGACGUACGAGUCGAAAGAAUACGACUACACAAUCAUGGCAGUCCCAUUCACCAUGACACGCUUCAUGUCGCUUCCGAAAUUCUCCUCCGUACUCGGUCGCGCGAUCAGCGAAGCUGGCCUCCGCUUCAAAUCCGCCUGCAAAGUCGCGCUGCUGUUCAAGGAACGUUUCUGGGAGAAGGGCGAUCGUCCCAUCUUCGGCGGAUACUCUACGCCUCCUAGUGCAGCCGUCGGCGCCCUAUACUACCCCGUCUACGGCCUCAACGAGUCUCGACCGGGAUUGAUCCUACACUACCGGGGUGGCCACUGGAGUGACGAGUUCACGAGCUUCUCAGACGAGGAAUAUGUGCAGACUGUGUUGGAUGCUGUUGUCAGUGUGCAUGGAGAGCAAGCGAGAGAGCUGUACACGGGCGACUAUGAGAAGCUGUGUUGGCUGCAGGACGAACACACGGGGACUGCUUGGUGCCGUCCGGAUGUGAUGCAGCAUAAGUUGUAUAUCCCGGCAUACCAUCAGACGGAGCACAACACCAUCUUCAUUGGAGAGCAUACGGCCCCGACGCAUGCUUGGGUCAGUUCGUCGCUGCAUUCGGCUGUUAGGGGUUCUGUGCAGCUGUUGCUUGAGUUGGGUUUGGUGGAUGAGGCGAAGAGGGUCAACGAGGAGUGGAUGGGCAGGUGGAUUCAGCGUGCAACCGCGUAG